UUUUGGGACACCGUGCCUCAAUUGGUUGCAGAAAUCAAAGACUUCCAGCUAACUGCAAGAAGAAAUAAGAUGAAAUCUGUAAAAAUUAAGAAUAAGAACAAUGUAAAAUUCAGAGUAUGGAGCAGCAGGAACCUAUAUCCAUGAGUCAUCACGGUGGCUGAAAAACUCAAACAUUCCCUGCCUCCAGGCCUAUCAGUGAAAGAUCUGAAGUAAGCAGCUGAAAUCUGUAGAUGUUGCUCAGAUUUUAUUGAUUUUUUUAAAAAAGCUACAAGAACCGGUGGAAAAACACACAAAACUACCAGUAGCAAUUAUGUAGCACAUUUCUCAUAAGAAAAUGUCUGAAGGCAAUUCAUAGAGAUAGAAUCGGGCAAAAGCUAUUAGUGAGGUUAACUAAAGCUUGGACAUAAAGCUGAAUGUUAACGACAUUUGUAAAGCAAUGGCAGGAGAAGCAGAAGAUUGAAAGUUCCAGAGCACAAGGAUUCAAUAUCCGAAGGCAAAAUUGUCAGUUUUGGGAUGUAGGAAUAGAGAAAGACGGGAAGGUCAAGGUAAGGGGCGGUUGGAAAGUUGGGCAAGAGGAAUUUUUUUAUUUAUUCAUUUGUGUGAUGUGGGCGUUGCUGGCUGGCCAGCAUUUAUUGUCUGUCCCUGGUUGCCCUUCACAAGGUGGUGAUGAGCUGCCUUCUUAAACUGCUGCAGUGCACAUGCUGUAGGUUGACCCACAAUGCCCUUGGGGGGAAUUUCCAGGGCUUUGACCCAGCAACACUUAAGGAGCAACAAUAUAUUUCCAAGUCAGGAUGAUGAAUGAUUUGGAGGUGAACUUGUUGGUGGUGGUGUUCCCAUGUAGCUGCUGCCCUUGUCCUUUUAGAUGGGAGUGAUUGUGGUUUGGAAGUUUUGAGGCGAGGAUGCGGGAGAUGUUGAUAGAAGUGCCAAAGAGCUGAAGAAAAGUUACACAGCUGUAGAGGGACUAGACCAUGAAGGGAUUGAAACAAGAAGCUGAGAAUUUUAAGUUGAAGGAAAUGGAGCAGCAGCAUUUGAGCAGUCAGAGUUCAGCUUGAGGUCAGAUGGAACAUUGGUAUUGUACACAGUCUGAUUUAACCUGAGACAGUGACCAGAGAAAGGAAGAGAUCAUACCAAGCUUGUAUCCUGGUCUCCAAUGCGGAUUUUCAUUGCUGCACCAUUGAUGGCUAUGACUUCCUGAAGCUAAACCACAGUUCUGUAAACCUCUCACUUUUACCAUUCUUUAAGGCAUUCCUUAAAAACCUAUCUCUUUGACUGAAACUUUUGAUCACCUGCCCUAACAUUUCUUUGUGGUUUGUCCUCAAUUCUGGUUUGAUUAUUGCUCCAAUGAGGCAUUCUUAGGCAUUUAACUGGGCUAAAUAGUGAUGGUAGGAGAUGGCAGAUUCUUUACAGAAUUGGACUAUAUAAAAUUGCAAUUUGUCCCUUUCUGGAUGAUGGACAAAGGGUUUGACAGUACCGAGGUAGUGGAGGAUCCAAGAGAAGAACAAAGAGAAAAAAAGAGCUGAGUGUGAUCAGCAUAUUUAUUAAAUCUGACCCCUUUUUACAACUCAU